GGGCAGUGAUGGACAGAUCUUCCAGCGAAAGGAGGCCUGGGGGGCUUGAUGCAGGGUCGUUAGAGAAGGGUCUUCUCUUCCUCCGCCCUAGCGACGCCCAAAAGAGAUCUUCACCUAGGGAGUUUCAGCAUUGGGAAGAACCGUGCUGGGUCAGGCUUAGGAAAGGCUAAGUCUCGGGCUUAGCCUUCACGCCUGAGAGUCUGUGCCAGGGUGUGCAUGUUCUGCCCCUAGCCUGGGAGUCUCUGCCAGGCUUAAGCCUCCACUGAAAGAAAGCGCAGAGUCAGCCUGGGCUCCUGCGGACACGCGAUGUGCGCCUCAGCAUUUUCCGUUGUCACCCCGGCGGCGGACUGGGACCAGAUCGGUGGCUCCGCUGCCUGUGCAGACCAGGGCUGACCAAAGCCUGCCAGCUGACUCAGCUGGCCCACCGCGCCCGGAUCCCACAGGGAGAGGCAGCCAGACGCGGGUAUAAAGCGCUGCGCACCAGGCUCGCGCGCAGCCUGUCCAUUCUCCGGGCGUGCGGUGCUCACCCAUCCCCGGCAUGAGCAGCGCCCCCGCGCCGGGCCCGGCGCCCGCCUGCCUCACACUCUGGGAUGAGGAGGACUUCCAGGGUCGUCGCUGCCGACUGCUGAGCGACUGUGCGAACGUCUGCGAGCGAGGAGCCCUGCGCAGGGUGCGCUCGGUCAAGGUGGAAAACGGCGCAUGGGUGGCCUUCGAGUACCCCGAUUUCCAGGGACAGCAGUUCAUUCUAGAGAAGGGAGACUAUCCCUGUUGGAGUGCCUGGAGCGGCAGUAGCAGCCACCACAGCAACCAAUUGCUGUCCUUCAGGCCAGUGCUCUGUGCGAACCACGGCGACAGCCGUGUGACACUGUUUGAGGGGGAAAACUUCCAAGGCUGCAAGUUUGAACUCAGUGAUGACUACCCAUCACUGCCUUCCAUGGGCUGGACCAGCAAAGAUGUGGGUUCCCUCAAAGUCAGCUCUGGAGCGUGGGUGGCCUACCAGUACCCAGGCUACCGAGGCUACCAGUACAUUUUAGAGCGGGACCGGCACAGUGGGGAGUUCCGUACCUACAGUGACUUUGGCACACAGGCCCAUACUGGACAGCUGCAGUCCAUUCGAAGAGUCCAGCACUAGGCUUCGCAUUCCCAGUCAUCAUCACCCCUAAGAUUCUCAAUAAAAGCUCUUGAAUCUA